AUGUUUUCUUUUCUGAUUCCGCUAUCUAUUUAUUGGGGUGUUGUUUGAUAUUUUAUCUUUUAUGUUUUUCCUUGUUUUUAUUUCUUUUCUACUCAAUUGAAAAAUAAAAUUAGUACCAAAACAAAUUUGAAAUAGAUUUAGCAAUUUUGUUCUUCGGAGAAGAUGGAGAAAGAAAUGUGAAAGGAAGAUAUGAAAAAAUAAAGGAGAUGAGUGCUCUUUUACAGGCGAUAAAAUAACGACAUUUGGAGAUAAAAACUACUAUUGCGAGAUGAAAUCAACGGGGACUCUAUUGCUAUAAGCUUGUCCUACGGUGACUCGGCCAGUUUAUCAAGCCACACAGCAUACCAAAUGUACGAAUAUGCCUGUGUCGGUAGGAGCCUGGCAACCGGUUGGGACCUAGCUGAUUUUGGUGGGGUUGAAUUUUGCAAAAGAUUGGGCUGAAAUAUCAAAUUCAAGUUACCUAAUUUCAGCGAGGGGUAUAAUUGGUAUUUCUAAAUUAUAUAGGGCGUAGAAUUGUGAAUCGUGUAAAUAAAGGACCGAAAUCGUGAAUACCAAAUCUCGCGCUCCUCUUGAUAAACCAUACAACAAAACAGAAAAAACUGAAGAAGAAAACUCGAAGGAAACCUAGAAAUUUAAGGGCUUUUUUUCUUCUGAUUUCUCCUGAGAAAUCUAAUUACAUUAGAUUAGAUUUUAUUUCAUUAUCUGAAUUUUAUUUUUGUUUUUAAUUGUUUUUUGUUUGUUUGUUUGUUUGUUUGUUUUUUUUGUCUAAUAAAAUCUGGUUUUGUGUUCUCUGAAAUUAGGGUUUUACGUUCUAUAUCUUAUACCUACAUAUUAGGGAGGAGGAGUUAUUAUUCAUCGUUUCAUCAUCGUUAUCAUCAAGCCUUCUCAACAUUGUCACUGUUGUGAAGAUAAGUUAGGAAUUUGAGCAAAAUGUAUUCAGUAUUGAAUGGGAAACCACUUGAACAAUGGAAAGUUACAGAGUUAAAAGAAGAGCUUAAGAAAAGGAAAUUACCAGUUAGGGGUUUGAAAGAUGAGUUGAUUAAACGUUUAGAUUUCGAUAUUUUAAGCGAGAGAGAACAACAACAAGAGACUGUUGAAAAUGAGACGGAGAAUGAACAAGAAGAGACAGUACAAAAUGUGGAGGAGAAUGAAUCUGUUAUUGAAAAUGUUGAUAAUGGGGUCAAUUCUGAGACUCAGGCUGAUGGUAAUGUGGGGACUCAGCCUGCUGAGGGAAAUGUUGAACCUCAGGUUUCCAAAGAUGGGGAGGUUCCGAUGAUUAACACCCCAGAAGUUGAGAAUGAUUGGGUUGUAGUUGAAGAACCUAUUCAGAAAGAGACCGAUUCUACCGUUGGAAAAAUUGGUACUCCUGAACAUCAGAAUACUAAUGUUGGGGAGGCUCAGUCAGUUAGCACUCCUAUUGUUGACGAUGUUAGGGAAAAUAGUGAAAACAAAAGCAAAAGGGUGGAAGCUGAUGAGGCUAUGGUUGAUGUUGGUGCUGUUGAUGACAGUUCAUCUGUCAUGGGUCAGGGUGAUGUUCAGGAUGUUGGAUCCGUGGCUUGUACUGAUUCUACUGCAGCAAUUAUGGAUGCUACUGAUUCUGCUGCAGUAUUAAUGGAUGCUACUGAUUCUGCUGCAGCGGACGUGGUUGUUGCAGUUUCUGUGGAAACGAAUGUCACAGUCACCCAGAGUGUGGUUACUGAUGUUUUAUCCAGUGAUGAAGAAUUGGAGAACAAGGAAGCUGAUAGGGAGCCUGAGGUUCCAAAUCAUGCUUCUGGGGAUUCAAUGCAUGGCCUGUCCAAUCAAAAUAGCCAGGUAUCCAAGGUUAGCCGUGAUUUAGGGUUUCAAGUAAGGUCUGAGUCUAUUUCUACUAGUUCUGUGUCAAUUAUUGAAAAGAAUGAACUAAAGGGUAAUUUAAAUGCUGAUAAUUUCCAUAUAGAACAAAAUGUUGUUAUGCCGGAGAUGGUGCAACCAUCAUCCAAUGAUGUUUCUCCAGAUGAUGGAGCUUUGCGUUCUCUGGAUGGUCAAGGGCCUUGUGAGAUGGAAGGGUUAGAUGAAACUAGGGAUACUGUGGACCUUCAUAAGAAAAAUGAUGCCACGGAUGCCUCAUUGGAAAAAUUAAAUCUAGAUAGGAGUUCAGGGGAUGAAUCUAUGGAGGAAGACAUAUCAGAGAGUAGGCAUGUUGAGUCAAAACAUAAUUCUGAUGAGAUGAAGGUCAGUGAUGUAAAAGAAAACAAUCAUGUUGGUGUUAUGAUUGACAGCGUUUCUGCUGAAGGGGGUCAUGCUGUUCCUGCGGAGAAACGAAAACUCCAAGAUCAAGAAGUUGGCAAGAACAACGAAGCUCCAAAGAGGCAACGUCGGUGGAACCCAGAAACUCUAAAAAUUCCUGAACUGCAGACCUCUACUCUUAAAUCACAUGAAGAUGCAAUUCCAUCUGGUGCACCGAAAAGGAACGUUGCCAAGUCUGAUUCAACACUUACCCCUAAAGGUGCACAGGAGCGUGUAGUUCCACCGUCAGCAAAGCCUCCGACAACUUCACUUAGAAUCGACAAUUUUCUAAGGCCAUUCACUCUAAAAGCGGUGCAGGAACUUCUGGCGAAAACUGGUGCUGUAUGCAGUUUCUGGAUGGACCACAUUAAGACGCACUGCUAUGUUACGUAUUCAUCUGUGGAGGAAGCAACGGAGACUCGAAAUGCUUUAUAUAAUUUGCAAUGGCCUACCAAUGGCGGAAAGCUACUGGUUGCUGAUUUUGUUGACCCUGAAGAUGUGAAAACGCGGGCUGAAGCACCUCCUGCAGCUCCUGUCAGCACCACCCCAAAAACUCCGAAGUCAGGACCAUUAUCAUCCAAACCACCGCCUGAAAUUUCUCCCCGCCAAGCAGUCCAGAAGAAGCAACUCCCGCCACCACCAAUGACAUCUGAACCUCCACCUCCAACUAGGGAACACGCAUCUCUUCCACCCCCACCUCCUCUUCCCCAAGAGGAAGAUCCUCCAAUUGUUACCCUUGACGAUUUAUUCAGGAAAACUACAUCCACCCCUCGGAUUUACUAUCUACCAUUGUCCGAGGAGCAGGUCGCAGCUAAGCUUGCGAGACAAGCCAGAAACACCAAGUAGAGAGUACAGAGGUAUGAGAUGGACAUCUUCUUGUAGAGUAAUCAAAGAUCUGAUCUAGUAUAUGUAGUGGAAUAAGGGUUUUGAUCAGUCAAGAGUCUUUUUAUGUACAGCUGAGUAGGCUGAGUUAGCAAGAGAGAGAUAGAGGAGAGAGUUAUUUAUAACUAGACUACUGUAAACAAACCCAUUCUGUUAUUGGUCUUUGAUUUUCAUCAUUAAA